AUGGCGGGAGCGUCACAGCAUGGCAUUGAGACCGGCCAUGCUCCCCAUGCUGGACCAGGCGCGCCGAACAAGCCGACUUCCUCAGAGAUUGGUUGGAUGUUCAUUCCCCAGCAGUACUACACCUUUCUCAACAAGGAUCCCGCUCGGCUUCACUGCUUCUAUCACAAGCGAUCCACGCUCAUCCACGGUACCGAGGGCGAGGUCGAGGAGGCACAGGUCUGCCAUGGACAGUCGGAGAUUCACGAGAAACUCAUGUCGCUCGGCUUCAACGACUGCAAGGUCUUUGUUUCCACCGUCGACUCGCUGCCUUCCCAGGAUGGGGGCAUCAUCGUCCAGGUCAUUGGCGAGAUGAGCAACAACGGCGGCUCCUGGCGAAAGUUCAGUCAGACUUUCUUUCUUGCCGCUCAGCCCAACGGCUACUUUGUCCUCAAUGACAUCUUCCGCUUCAUCAAAGAAGAAGGCGACACAGACGCCAUCGAGGAAUCGGCCAUCAUGCCACCCGAGCCAGCGCCAUCCGCUCGGCCGGUACUGCCGCAGGACACACCCAACGAGUCGUCGAUCCAUUUGACAGGCGCGCAAGCUAGCUCCAUUGACGUCCGCUCACCGCCUGUAGCAGUCAGCAAUCACACUGCCCCUCGUAACGGUGUCAAUGGCCGCACUUUGCUCGGUCAGUACGAUGCUACCGUACCGCAGAUUUCGCCACCGUCCCAGCUGCCUGUAGACCAGUCGGUCAAUACAGGAUACCACUCUUCGGCACCUUACACCGGCCAACAGCCCGAAUUCGCUGCUCCCUCAUCUCGCUUUGACCUCAUGCCUUCUCAAAUGAGGAUAACCCAGCCUCGUCCGGCCGCUGCCUCAACGGCAUCCACUACACUGUCAAGCCCGGUCUCUCUGCCCACUGCCGAGUCUCACGCCCAGCCAAAGGCUCCAAUGCUCCACAGUGAAAUCGAUACCGCAAGUAAUCAGCCUCGCGACGAGGUAGUCAAUGCUAAGUCCUCGACCGCCGUGUCUAUGCCCAAGACUCCCCCGUCAACAGCGCGGCCGGCGCCGGCGCAGACGCCCGCCGAGGCUUCGACAGCGCCUCCGUCUGCUGGCUCAGCCUCUGCCGGUCCUACCCCCGCCAGUACAGCCAUCACAUCUGUCAGCAGCUCACCAAAGCCGGACGAUAUCCGAGCAUCUGCGCCGACCCCCGUUGAGCGCGCCACUACACCCCCCGCGCAGGCCUCAGCGAUUCAACCAGACGGUACCAGCCCAUCUGCUCCCAAGACAUGGGCCAAUCUUGCUGCUGCCAGCGCGAAGAAGCCUCGUCCGCCGAGCACGAUCCAAUCGGGGCCAAGCUCGUCAGCUUCGCUCCCAGCUGCGCCAAUGCCGACUAUCGUCGCUUCCAAUGGCACAUCACAGCAACAUUCUGUAUCAGCAUAUGCUUCGCCUUCAGGGCAGCAGCAACAGUCGCCGCAACAGCCAGCGACUGCGACUCGGACGCAGCAGCCCACGCCAAACAGGGCGGGCAACAGACCGCCUUAUGAGGUGUUUGAUCCUGCUUCUGUCCUGACACCCAAUUGCUUCAUCAAAGGGGUCGUCAAUGCGAUCUCCAAUCAAAAUCUGCGAGCCGCCGUCAGUCCCUUUGGCUCGAUCAGAGAGCUCGAGAUCAACCGCCUCAAAGUCUGCGCUUUCCUCGAGUACAACACCGUGGAGAGCGCGCGAGCCUGUAUCGUAAAAUCACAUGUACCGCCGGGCGGUAUACCUGUACAGACGAGCGAUGGCACGAUCUAUGUCUACGUUCACGAGAAGAAGAAGAUACCUCCGGGCGCAAAUGUUAGUGCGAUGCAAGGCAAUCGAGUACGACCUGGUGUCGGCAGAGGCAAGAACCAGUCGCCCAAAUGA